AUGGGCAGCACCGAUGGGUUCCAGUACCGUGCGCUCUACCCCUAUCGCAAGGAACGCGAGGAGGACAUUGAUCUGCUGCCUGGGGACAUCUUGGUGGUGAGCAAAGGGGCCCUGCAAGCCUUGGGCUUCAAAGAUGGGGACGAGCAGACCCCCAAUCAGAUUGGGUGGAUCCUGGGCGUCAACGAGCGGACCAAGCAGAAGGGUGACUUCCCCGGCACGUACGUGGAGUACGUGGGACCCGUGAAAAUCUCCGUCCCUUCUCACCGGCCCCGAGUGCAGAGACCCCUGCCCGCAACGCCGGGAGCGGCUCGCGGGGAGGGGGAGGCAGAGGGCUCUCCUCUCCCGGACUUGCAGGAACAGUUCAGUCCUCCCGAAAUCGCACCACCGCUGCUGGUGAAGCUGGUGGAAGCUAUUGAGAAGAAAGGCUUAGACAGCGAGAUGUUGUACAGGACAUCUGGCUCCGAACUGCGGCAAGCGCUGCGAACCGAUUGGACCCUGGGCGACCUGGAGCCCUUCGACGUGCACUCCCUGGGCGAGGCGCUGCGAGGCUACCUGCAGGACCUGCCCUCCCCUGUGGUGCCGGUGUCCGUGCACGGAGACGUCCUUCGUGUCCUGCAGGAGAUCCCACAGCCGGAGAAUUGCCGGAAGCAGCUGCUGCUGGCCCUGGAAUCGCCUGCGGUCCCGCUCCAGAACACGCUCACCCUGCAGUUCCUGCUCCGGCAUCUGGGGAAGGUAUUGCAGCAGGCCGAGAGCAACAGUCUCCACCCUCGGGCCCUGGGAGAGAUCUUUGGUCCCCUUCUCCUCCGGCUGCCUGGCGCCAGCCCAGAGCUGAGCCCUGACUUCUCCGUGCUUUUCUUGGAGAUACUUCUGCAGACGAAGGAGUUGGAGCUGGAACAGUUGCCUCCAGCCUUGCCUCCAAAACCACCGAAGCCAAAGCCCAGCGCAGCCAGCCUGGCCAACGGGAACAGCGUGCCCUUGCAGGACGCUGAGUGGUACUGGGGUGACAUUUCCCGGGAGGAGGUGAACGAGAAGCUACGGGACACCCCAGACGGUACCUUCCUGGUGCGUGAUGCCUCCAGCAAGAUCCAGGGGGAAUACACCCUCACUCUUAGGAAGGGGGGCAAUAACAAGCUGAUCAAGAUCUUUCACCGGGAAGGGAAGUACGGCUUCUCGGAGCCCCUGACUUUCGGCUCCGUGGUGGAGCUCAUCACCCACUACCGGCAUGAGUCGCUCGCCCAGUACAACGCCAAGCUGGACACCAGGCUACUCUACCCCAUCUCCAAGUACCAGCAGGACCAGGUGGUGAAAGAGGACAGCGUGGAGGCCGUCGGGGAGCAGCUGAAGGUCUAUCACCAGCAGUACCAGGACAAGAGCUGGGAGUAUGACCUGCUGUACGAGGAAUACACGCGCACUUCCCAGGAGCUGCAGAUGAAGAGGACGGCAAUCGAGGCCUUCAACGAAACGAUCAAGAUCUUUGAGGAGCAGUGUCAGACGCAGGAGAAGUGCAGCAAGGAGUACAUCGAGCGCUUCCGCCGGGAGGGCAACGAGAAGGAGGUGCAACGGAUCCUCAUGAACUCGGAGAAACUCAAGUCGCGCAUCACGGAGAUCCACGACAGCAAGAUGAAGCUGGAGCAGGACCUGAAGAAACAAGCCUCGGAGAACCGGGAGAUCGACAAGCGCAUGAACAGCCUCAAGCCAGACCUCAUGCAGCUGCGCAAACUGCGGGACCAGUAUUUGGU